AUUGGCUUUUUUCUAUCAUUCGCCGUCAGUAGUUGUGCUGCUUGUUCAGAAGAAAUGCCACGCUCGUUCGUCCUGUGGACCUUAUUCGUGGUUGCGGCCAGCGCCCAACUCAUCCCGGAGUCCCCUAGAACUAAUUCACUCCGCACGUCCAGUUCACGUAAUCCGCCCCUACAUCAGGCCCGUUUCUAUGGAACCUCCCGCAAGGAGCAUCUGCUGGAAGCCAUUAGCCAUAUCGUGAAGGCUGGAAGCCUUCGGGAAAGUGAGGUUCUACGUUCGGCAUUCCGAAGCUUUCGUCCAAUGAAACCGCAGAAGCCAAUACUGCCGGAUAUUACACCCAAAAAAAUACCUGCGGUUAACGCCCCGCCGAUCCGCGAUUUAAUCGAGAAUCCGGUUAAAAGCACCGAUGUAAUCGAAGUCAUAGUCGAUGGGCUCAAGCAAGAUGUGCAUCACGAUAUCCUGGAUACCAAAUCGAAGCUGAAGCAGAAUAAGAAAAUUGUCAACAGUGAAAGUCCAACUUCAACACCGGCGGCGAUUGGUGUCAAAAACGGCGGAACAGAAGCUGAUCCGAGGGCCAGCAUCCGCGCCAUGCUCCAAGCGGAAGUGGAACGCCUCAAGACGCCAAAACCAGAACCGUCGCCCGGCGAUGUCCUCAAGGGUAUGAUACAGCACCUGACCGCAUCGCUCGGUAAAUUGGUCGGUGCGAUCGACGAUGCGGACUCAAAAGGUUCCGUGCCGAAAGACCUGGUAAAACAUAUCGAUACUGUUAUUCCAGAGACAGAUACAACCGUCGAUGAGCUGCUUGCCAAUAUUAAAGGAAAGUCGCCCAGGUCGAAGUUGAGGAGACCACGACUGUGAUUGUAGUCCAGCAGCCCUCAAGGGAAUUCCGCGAACAGCAGUUAUCCGAAUAAAGUAGCUGACCAAAAAAAUUUCAUAAAAAAUAUCAUUAAA